CGAAGGAGAAGGGACGACACGACCGGCGUUGUGUGAGUGUUCGAGUGAGGGAGAGGGAUGUCUUACGCCUACAAUCUGUCAAGCGGCCCGCUGGGUCAGCCCCUGAUAGAUGCGGGUGACCGCCUGGCUGGCAAACAGCCACCCUAUCAACAGCCACAUCAGUACCAGCAGCAAUAUCAGUACCAACAGUAUCAGCAGCAGCAGCUGCAGCAGCAGCCACCCCUCCCCCCGCCAUCCGCCCCUGCCUCCCUCUCGGCACAGUCCCAGACGCCCGUGACGUCACCUCGUGUGCCGCCGUAUGGUGGCGGUGGCGGUGAUGAUGUGGUGUGUGUGUCGCCGGACGACAGCCGGCUGAUUCAGGAGAACAUCCAGGCGCUCCAACGGAAGACCGCCGAGAUAUCAAAACUGGUCAGUGUGUGUGUGAGGGAGAGAGAGAGAUGAGCUCACACACAGAGGAGGGAGGGGUGGAUGUGUGUGUGGUUUUUGUGGUUGUGUGUGUGGUUUGGUUCAGUGCUCGCGAGCUGUGGCGCGGCAUGAGCGCCCGGGGUUCCAGGCCAACCUGUAAGAAGACCAGACCUCUCUCCCACACACCGAGGGCAACAGACGAGUGUGUUGUGUGCGGUGCCUUGCGCGUGUGUGUGUGUCAGGCAUUCCCUGCUGACCAGUGCCCAGCAGGUGGCCGUGGAGACGCAGACACUGCUGCGGAAAUUCGCCGUCAUAUCGGGCGGCUCCCUCGCUGACAAAGUGAGUAGACCAUUGACACUCACCGUUUGUGUGUCCCCAUUGGUUUGCGUCUGUGCCUGUGCCUGUGCCUGUCUGUGCGUGUGUGUGCGUGUGCGUGUGUGUGUGUGUGUGUGUGUGUCACCCCAUCAGACUCAGCGCAAGUUGGUGUACGCCAAGUUGAAUGACAACUUUCACAAGGCGCUCAAAGCCCUUGAGAACGUCGCACAGACACAUGUGCUCAGAGGUGAGGGCCAGAGGGAGGGAGGGAGGGAGGGAGGGAGGGGAGUGAGAUGACUGACUGACCUCACCCAUCCUUCGAUCCAUGUGUGUGUGUGUGUCAGAGCACCUGACCCUGCAGGAGGCGGCUCACGGCGUCCCGCAGGCAGCCCCCGGGCCCUCAGGGCUGUCCCCCCCGCCAUCCACAUCGACCAACCCCUUCGACAGCGGCGGCAGCCAGUCCACAUGGAGCGGCUCGACCAUCGUCGACGGCAGUGGCCCAUACCAGGUCAGUCCUCUCGGUCUUUCUGCCAUGGCCAUCCAUUCACCUGUGGCUGUGGCUGUGUGUGUGUGUGUGUGUGUCAGGCCGGCGUCGCUGGUGCUGCUGUUGGUGGUGGUGGUGGUGGGUCGUAUCAGCCGUCGUCCUACCCCUUCCCCCCCUCGGUGUUCUACACCGCCCCUGCUGGCUCCGCCGCUGCUGCUGUCGGUGGUGUGGCCGGCGCGCCGCCAUCGCUCGACCGGCGGCCGUCCUUCUCGGAGAGCGAAGAGGACGAAACCCUCGAGUGAGUGACGGGGCAGAUCUGUGCACACACAACACAUGGGAGGAGGCGCAUGUGUGUGUGUGUGGUGUGGUGUGUGGUGUAGGAGUAGGGGCUUUUUGCGUUAUGGGAGCGCCAAGAACGUCGAGGAGGAGAUUGUGCGGGAGAGACAGGUGGGCGCUGUGUGGCACGGGGAGAGAGAGAGGGAGAGAGGGAGGGAGGGAGGGAGGGAAGGAGGGCGUGUUGACGCGAAUGUCCGUGUGUAUGUGUGUGUAUGUGUAUAUAUGUGUGUGUGUGUGUGUCUCAGGCGGGCAUCCAGCAGAUCGAGAAGGACAUUCAAGGUCGGUCACUUGGCCGGAAGGCACCUGUAGCACUGCACACACAUGGGCGGCUGGGUGGAUCUGAUCUGACUUGGUUUGGUUCCUGCAGGUAUCCACUCGCUCUACCAGCAGCUGUCGCACCAUGUCAACGUUCAGGGUGACACCAUUGGUACACACACACACAUACACACACCCACACACCGAACACACACACAAGUCGAUGCCCACACAGGCUCUCUCUCUCUGUGUGUGUGCGCGUGUGUGCGUGCGGUGGUGUGCAGACAACAUCGAGGCUCAGAUGCGCGCAGUGGCCGACCGCACGGCCGAUGCAGUGGAGCAGGUCGACAACGCAAGACGGCUGCAGAGAAGAAACACACGAAAACGGUCAGAAUUCUCCCCCCCAGCCAUUACCCUACCCGCCACACACACGGAUGUAUGUGUGGGGAUCAAAACACCACUCUCUCUCUCUCUCUCUCUCUCUGCGUGUGUGUGUGCAGGUUUGUGUUGUUUCUGGUGGUCCUUUUGCUGCUGGUGGUGCUCUUCAUCAUGCUGGACUGGCAGCUGCACCUCACCGCGCCGUUCACACCACACCGCCAUUACGCAAUCUCGCCGGCAUCAGGAGCGUUGUCCACCAGGGGGGAGCCAGAGGAGCCGGCACCGACCUGACGUGGUGGGUGGAAUGGGUGGACGGACGAUGGCUGCGUGCUGCGCACUCGUCCAUCCAUCCAUCCAUCCAUGUGUGUGUAUGUGCAUUUGAGAGAGAGAGAGAUCUGAGCAGUUUUUCUGUAACCGCGUAACAAAGGGAAUUGGCUGACCGACCGACCGACAGCAGCAUCAUCCUGAUGCUGGGUGGCUGGCUGGCUGUGUGUGUGUGUGCCGAUCGGGCGAGUGAGAGUGUGGGGGCCAUCUGUAGUGUACACCAACCCGUCACAUCCAUCUAUCCAUCGCCUGAUGAAUGAAUUGACACAUGUGUGUGACGGACGUAUGUGUGUCGUGGGCGCGGUGCGUGCAUGGGCGUGAGAGAGAGAGUGGGUGGGGCACCCUGGCGGAUGCAUGGCAUCCACGAGAGAGACCCACCAUCAGACAGACAGACAGACCGAUCCUCGCUUGAGGUGAACCAACGCACAAUGUCAUGAACCGCGGAGGGAG